AUGGAAAAAUCUUAGAAUUCAUGGAUGUGCUUAGAGGGCAAUCCAAAAGUCUUUACAGAUUUCGCCGCCCGCUUAGGGUUUCCCACCUUACUUUAUAGGUUUCAUGAUGUUUAUACCCUUGAUGGAGAUAUAUGGAGUAGUUCACUUCCUGAGCCUGUAAUAGCUGUGAUAUUACUCUACUCCAUCAAGGAAAAACAUUAAGACAUUAUUGCCUAAGAAGUAUGGGAGUAGAAACAUGAUCUAUCAUAGAACUCCCCGUUUUUCAUCAAACAAAACAUUGCUAAUGCCUGUGGAGUUAUUUCUUUGCUUCAUGCUAUCUGUAAUAUCUUAUUAAUCGAACUAUUUAUAGGCAAUACUGUUGAGAGAUGCGGAGGUGCUAUAGAAGGUUCUUAUCUUGAGAAAUAUAUCAAGCUUCAUGAGAAAUCAAGCCCAGAGGAGAGAGGAGCUUACUUGAAUGUUAAUGAGUUGAACCCAGAGGAGAGCAGUCAACCCAGCAAUCUGCAUCAGUACAAUCAGGAAUUCGGAAAUUAGGGAGUUCCCCCAUCACCAGAUAGCACUCAACAACCCGGCCAUUUCGUUUGCUAUAUUGAAAAAGAUGGCUACAUCUGGGAACUUGAUGGCAGAAUGAAUGGACCGAUGAACAAGGGUAGAAUUUCGCCAGAUCAAAGUCUCGGCGUUGAAGUUUCUAAAAUAAUCUAAAAAUACAUCGAUAUAGAUCCCCAGGAGACCAGAUACAGCGUAAUGGCACUUGCCCCAAACUAUUUUGACGAUCUCUGA